GGAGAGGGGGGGAGAGGGCGUUGCUAGAGCGGCGCGUGGGUUCGCUUGGGUGACACAAUUAUAACAACUUUAUCUUCGCGGCCGAAACGCGUUUUAUUGUCAUAUACUCACAUCUGGGAUAUUGUACUCAGUUAUUUGCAUUCAAAUAGCUGCACAGUAUCACUUUGUGAUGAAAAAUGUGACGCUUGAGGAGCUACCCGGAGAGCGCUUCUUCUGUCCCCCCCCGAACGGAUUUACUAUAUCGAAUCGCAUCUUUUCGUCCUGGAAAAAAGUUUUUGAUCGCUUUGUUUCCUUCAGUUUUCCUUCUUUGAUUUUUUUGGCGGAGCGAUCCGUUCGUCCCCCGCGUCGCGAUUUUUUUCCAUGCAAUCGUGCGGUGUGUCUCUCGCCGCUGCUGCCUGCGCUGCUGCUCGGAGUCUCGGCUCGGCUUCUUCUGGUGGUGAUGAGGGAAAGAAAAUGGCGGCGGGAAAAGCGAGUGAAACAGAGGAGGACUUUCCGACACUGACAGCCGAGGAGAGGGACAGUUUGGUCGGGAUCGACAGCUCGCUGUUUGGAUUUCAGAAGCUUCAUGAAGAUGGCGCCAGAACGAAGGCCCUACUGAUGAAGGCUGUUCGCUGCUACGAUUCGCUCAUCCUUAAGGCCGAGGGCAAAGUGGACCCUGAGCUAUUCUGCCAGCUAGGCCACUUCAACCUCCUCUUGGAGGAUUAUCCGAAAGCAUUAUCAGCAUACCAGAGGUACUACAGUUUACAGUCAGACUACUGGAAGAAUGCCGCCUUUCUGUAUGGCCUCGGAAUGGUCUACUUCCACUAUAAUGCCUUUCAGUGGGCGAUCAAAGCAUUCCAGGAGGUGCUGUACAUUGACCCAGGGUUCUCCCGGGCUAAGGAGAUCCACCUGCGCCUAGGUCUCAUGUUCAAGGUCAACACAGACUACGAGUCAAGCCUAAAGCAUUUUCAGCUGGCUUUGAUUGACUCCAACCCCUGCACUUUGUCCAAAGCUGAAAUUCAGUUCCACAUUGCUCAUCUAUAUGAGAUUCAGAAGAGAUACCGGGCUUCCAAGGAGGCUUACGAGAGCCUUUUGCAGACAGAGGAUCUUCCUGCACAGGUGAAGGCCACUACCUUGCAGCAGCUAGGCUGGAUGCAUCACACAGUGGAACAGCUCGGGGACAGAGCCACCAGGGACAGCUAUGCCAUCCAGUGUCUGCAGAAAUCUCUGGAGGCCGACCCUAACUCUGGACAGUCCUGGUACUUCCUUGGCAGGUGCUAUUCAAGUAUUGGGAAGGUCCAGGAUGCCUUCAUGUCUUAUCGUCAAUCCAUAGACAAAUCAGAGGCCAAUGCAGAUACCUGGUGCUCUAUAGGGGUGUUGUACCAGCAGCAGAAUCAGCCCAUGGACGCACUGCAGGCGUACAUCUGCGCCGUGCAGCUGGACCACAGCCACGCCGCUGCCUGGAUGGACCUGGGCACGCUGUACGAGUCCUGCAACCAGCCGCACGACGCCAUCAAGUGCUACAUCAACGCCACACGCAGCAAAGGCUGCACCAACACCGCUGCGCUAACCCACCGCAUCAAAUGCCUGCAGGCUCAGUUGAGUAACCCCCAGCUCAGUAGCCUACAGGGUAAAAGUAAAAUGCUCCCUCUUAUUGAGGAGGCAUGGAGUCUGCCAAUCCCAGCUGAGCUAACCUCCAGGCAGGGAGGCCUGAGCAGUGCACCACAGCAGGCUUGUAAGCCCAAUCACAGUGCAGAGGGUGGGGGCUCGGGGCAGUCUCUGCCUCCUCACGUGGGCUCGCUUGGCCAAGCGGACGACCAGUCCUGCCCAGCCAAGAGGAGGAAAGCCUCCAGUCCUGCCAAGGGUGAUUUAUGGGCCAGUAAUCCAGCACAGCCAGUCCCCAACUGGUACCUCUCACCACAAAAAUUACAGGUGCUGGAACAGUUGCGGAGUAAUCGGGCUAACUUGAAGCCGCCACAGCUUCAGAUGUUGGAGCAGCUGGAGGCUCAGCUCGCAAUAAUGCAGCAGCACCAGCACCAGAUGAGACAGAAUGCCUCAGGAGGUCAGGUGGCGCCCAUCUCUUCCAAACGGCCCCACCCCAACUACCAACUCCCUCCCCUCCCCCAACCCCAGCCUGCACCCCAUGCGGCCCCACCUGGGACCCCACAGGCCCCUGUGCCCGCCGCUGGGCCAACGGGCCCGUGGGCUCUGGGUCGCACGGACACUCGGACCUCGCUCCCUGCGGGUGACAGUAGUAACAGUAGUAGUAAUAGUAGUAGUAGUAAUAAUCAGCCAUGGCCUGCGCCCACAGGACCCAACGGAGACGUGCCUUACCUGCAACCUGCCGGCAGCGGCAGCGCAGCACUGCUACCUCACACCUGCACAAACACGCAAACACAGGACGCCAUGCCGCGCCAGGCCCUGCACCUAAACUCCUCUCAGGGGCUUUCAGAAGGGGUCUGAUCCACAUGGCUCCAGCAGUGAGGGGACCCUCUCUCACCCCCAGACCCCCCAACUCCACCACCCCCCGUGCACCCCAACAAUCAGGUUGGACAUUCCACUAAUGCCCCAUCCCCGCGGCCUCAUAACCACCUCCCGUCCCCUCCCUCCCUCCCCCACUCCUCUACCUCAGGUGGAGCAGGACCCAGUGUGUCCGCUACCAAAGAUGGCAACACCACAAGCCGCACCCUCGGCAACGGGAACUACGAGGUCAAGACACCAUCGCCGCUACCAUCAGCUGAUGGCAAAACGGCGCAGGCGGAUGGCCUAGCCAAUCACAUCCACUCGGAUGGCGGCAAAGUGGCAGAAGGCGGUGAGAAGCCGAGCUUAGGCGCAGACAAUCCUAGGCUAUCUGCCCUGCUGGCAGGGGGGAAGGGUCCAGAGGAGAGCGAGGGGCCAUCAGAAGGACUGCAUGCAGCAUCCGCCACAACUGAUUCCCACAAGAAAAUCACCAACAUCCACCCAGCCAUCCUGCCCUCCACCCCCCACGCACAGGGCAGCUCAGCUGCCUCCUCGCCCAUCUCUGCCAUGUCCACCGCCACACCUUCACCCAAAUCCUCAGAGCACACCCAAACAGGCGCCCACAGUCCUGCCACCACCACGUCCACCGCACCCAGCCGUAAAUUGUAACAGCAAGGAGGCAUCUCUGAGGACUCUCAGCCACUGAAGGCUGAGCCACCUGCCGUCACCAGUCUCAAAGCUACGCCUCCGCACGGACACAACUCCUCUUCGUCAUCGUCGUCUUCAGUAUCCAUCUACCCCAGCUCCACAGACGUGCUGAAGGCCUGCAGAAACCUGGGGAAGAAUGGUCUCUCCAACAGCAGCAUCCUCCUCGAUAAGUGCCCCCCGCCACGCCUGCCCCCUCCACCCUCACCAGUCCUGCCCAAAGACAAGCUCAACCCUCCCACGCCUAGCAUCUAUCUGGAGAACAAGAGGGAUGCUUUCUUCCCCCCACUGCACCAGUUCUGCACAAACCCCUCCAACCCCGUCACUGUCAUUCGAGGACUGGCUGGAGCACUCAAACUGGACCUGGGUCUGUUCUCCACAAAGACGUUGGUCGAGGCCAAUCCAGAGCACCUGGUGGAGGUCUGGACUCAGCUCUCACAGCCCGCUGAUGAAAACUGGGACCCGACCGGCACAAAGAAAAUGUGGCGCUGCGAAAGCGCUCGUUCCCACACCACCAUCGCCAAAUACGCCCAGUAUCAGGCCGCCUCCUUCCAGGAGUCUCUGCGGGAGGAGAAUGAAAAGAAGGCACUAAAGGAGCCCUCAGACACAGAGCCAGCGUCAGCAGAGAGUGCUGCCCGUAAAAGAAGGGGACCCUUGAAAUACAUCAAGUUUGGAACCAACAUCGAUGUGUCGGACGAACGGAAGUGGAAACAACUCCAGGAGCUCAGUAAACUGCCGGCCUUCGCUCGAGUCGUAUCAGCCGGCAACCUGCUCAGUCAUGUGGGUCACACCAUCCUGGGUAUGAACACAGUCCAGCUCUACAUGAAGGUGCCUGGGAGCCGGAUACCAGGUCAUCAGGAACACAAUAACUUCUGUGCCGUCAACAUCAACAUUGGACCAGGAGACUGUGAAUGGUUUGCAGUACCGGAGCCUUACUGGGGAGUGAUGAGCAACUUCUGUGAAAAGAACAACAUCAACUUCCUGAUGGGCUCAUGGUGGCCCAACCUGGAGGACCUGUACGAGGCCGACGUGCCCGUUUAUCGCUUCAUUCAGCGUCCAGGCGACUUGGUGUGGCUCAACACCGGCACCGUGCACUGGGUGCAGGCUAUUGGCUGGUGCAACAACAUCGCCUGGAACGUGGGGCCUCUCACCGCCCACCAGUACAAGCUGGCUGUGGAGCGAUACGAGUGGAACAAGCUCCAGAGCGUCAAGUCCAUGGUUCCCAUGGUGCACCUCUCCUGGAACAUGGCACGCAACAUCAAAGUGUCCGACCACAAGCUGUUUGAGAUGAUCAAGUACUGCCUGCUGCGGACGUUGAAGCAGUGCCAGUGGGUGAAGGAAGCCUUGGCGGCAGCCGGCAAGGAGACGGCGCUGAGGCCGAGGACCAGGGACGAGCCGGCCCACUACUGCACCAUCUGCGAGGUGGAAGUGUUCAACCUGCUGUUUGUGCGUCGGGAGCUACUGUCCAAGAAGCAGUACGUGGUCCACUGCCAGGAUUGUGCCCGAAAAGGCAGCGCCACGCUGGACGACUUUGUGGUGCUGGAACAGUACAGGAUGGAGGACCUGAUGCAGGUCUACGACCAGUUCACAUUAGCCCCUCCCUCUUCAUUCAUCUUCAUCUUGACAUUAGGCGACUCCUCUUCCUCUUCUUCUUCUGCUGUGGAGCCAUGAAGCC